UUAAUACGAUAUAUAUUAUACUAACGAACGCCAUGGAUGAUGUACGCAAUCGUGAUAUGAAAGACUUGAUCAAUUCCUUGUUCUUCCUACUGAAUCGACAGAACCUCCAUCUACAUCAGAUCGCUAUAGAGGAGAAGCGUUUUCGCAGAUCCGUCGAAAAUUUCGCCACGACUCACAAGAAAGUGGAGCAUGUGUGUCACAUACGCGACUUUCAGCUGCUGCUGGCGGAGAACUCUCGACAGAUACAAAUCCAUCAUGAUAUGCUGCAAAAGUUCCUCGAAUUGAAUGGGGAUCUAAAGGAUACCAAAUUGUAUCAACAGGCUGGCGAAGUUCUGAAGGAGACGCUCUCUACACUCAAGUAACUCGGUCACAUUACGCAUACGCAGCGUUAACAACGUCAGAAAGAAGCAAAAUUUAGCCUUACUUGUUAAAGAAGUUGUUAAUCUAAAGUACAACUAAAUAAAGACCAUAAUAAUAUAAAUUAGCAA